AUUUUUCUUGAAUGAUUGGUUCCACUCGCUAAUUCUCCACCAGCGAGCUAUAAUUCCAAACUUUUACCAGUUCAUGCACAUCUUUGUCACCAUGGCGGCCCAGCUAGUGGCAGCACUCUUAUCUCCACAAGCACUAUCGCUUUAUCUCCUGCUCGUCCCUGUCCUCCUCCUCUACUACUCGGCAACAAAAACAAAGAGAUCGGGGAGCGAGCAGGCUGCGGCGGCGGGCCAUGGCGAAGAGCGCCCCCUUCCUGCGCCUCCGAGCAAGCUCCCUCUCAUCGGCCACCUCCACCUCAUCGGCACCGACCCCCACCUCUCGCUCGCGGCGCUCACCGCCCAGCACGGCGACGGCGGGGUCCUGCUCCUCCACCUGGGCCAGGUGCGCAACCUCGUGGUCACCACCCCUGGCGCCGCGGAGGCGGUCCUGCGCACGCACGACCAUGUCUUCGCGUCGCGCCCGCAGAGCGCGUUCGCCGACGCGCUCCUUGACGGCUCCGACAUCGCCUUCGCCCCCUACGGCGAGUUCUGGCGGCAGCUGAGGCGGCUCGUCACCACGCACCUGCUCAGCGCCAGGAAGGUGCUGUCGCUCCGCGCUGGUCGCGAGGAGGAGGCAUGUCUGGUCAUGGCCAAGAUCCGCGACGCCGCGGCCGCCGGCGCCGCCGUGGACGUGUCCACGCUGCUCGCCACCUUCACCAACGACGUCGCGUGCCGUGCCGUGUCCGGCAAGUUCUUCCGGGAGGAAGGCCGGAACGAGCUGUUCCGGGAGGUGAUUGACGGCAACGUGGCGGCGUUCGGGGGGUUCAACCCGCAGGACUACUUCCCGAGCCUGGCCAAGGUGGACGCGCUGGCGCGGGUGCUGUUCCCCAAGAUGACUCGGCUGAGGAAGAGGUGGGACGGGCUGCUCGACAGGAUCAUCGACGACCAUGCCAGCAAAGCAUCGCUGCAGCAAGAAGAUGAGGAGGCCGACUUCGUGGACGUUCUCCUCGCUCGUCAACACGAGUACAGUCUCACUAGACAGCAUAUCAAGGCUAUUUUGGUGGACAUGUUUGUAGCUGGGACGGACACGUCAUACGUAGUCCUAGAGUUCGCCAUGGCCGAGCUCAUGCGAAAGCCACACCUAAUGGCCAAACUCCAAGCCGAGGUAAGGGACAAGACACCCAAGGGCCAACCAAUGGUCAUGGAGGACGACUUGGGCGGCAUGACCUACCUAAAGGCGGUCUUGAAGGAGACGCUCCGGCUACACCCUCCAUUGCCCCUCCUCCUCCCGCACUUCUCCGUGGACAAGUGCGUCAUCAACGGCUACACUGUCCCCGCCGAAACCCAUGUCAUCAUCAAUGUGUGGGCCAUCGGUAGAGACCCCGGAUCAUGGGAGGAUGCGGAGGAGUUCAUCCCUGAGAGGUUUGAGGACGCCGCGUCCCCCGACUACAAGGGGAGGGAUUUCGGGAUCCUGCCAUUUGGAGCCGGACGAAGGAUAUGUCCCGGGAUAAACUUUGGCAUGGCGUCCGUGGAGAUUAUGAUGGCCAACCUUGCCUAUUGCUUUGACUGGGAGCUCCCGGGCCGGAUGCAGCAUAAGGACCUUGAUAUGACAGAAGUGUUUGGAAUGACGAUACACCGGAAGGAGAAGCUGCUUCUUGUGCCAACAACACGAGAUGUUAGUCAUGAAUAAUCUUUGUCAUAGUCUCCAUGUACUUUUUUUGGCGAAUAAUAGUUUCCAUGCACUUGUAAGGGUAUACUUUAUCAGAGUACUUAAGAGUGUUAUUUUAUAUACCCAUAACAUUUAGAUGUA